UUUUUGCAACAAAGAAUGGAAACAAAAAUAAUAAAAAUUAAACAACAACAAGAAAAAUCAGAAAAAUUAGAAAAACUUCACCAAAAAAGAAAAUUAUCAAAAUAUUCUUCAAUUAAUUCUUUAAAUUUAAAAUUGUUUUUAAUGUGCUUUUUUGUUUGUUUUGACAAUAAUAACUGUUUUUUGUUUAAAAAAGCAGAAGCAAUGCCUCUUUUACAUUUAUUAAGAAUGUAUAGAAGCAGCAAUAAUAAUAAUCAAAAUGUUUAG